CGAGCCCGAGCGGACGGAGAGCCGGAGCCCGGAGGCGGACGGAGCCACGGUCAGACCCGCCACCCUCGGCACAAAGCCCCGCUUUGAUCGCAGCCCCCCCCCCCGCCCCGCCCGCGCCCUCUCGCUCCCCGGUCCCUCGCUGCGACCGGCCGGAGGAUUUCGCCGAUUUUUUUCCCGCCGCCGUUGGUCGAAGUUUCCGACUGUCACGUUUUUAGCGACGGACCUCCACCUCGCCCGUUCGCGUGGACUAAGCGCUUUCUCCGCGGCGCCGAAGAGCCGAGCGGCCGCUCCGCGCGCGCAGCCCCGUCUUCUGGACCGCUGACCCGCCUUCGCCAUGGGGAUCUAGCGGCGCUCCGCGUCCCGGCGAGUCGCACUUUUCCGCGAUCCUCUCCGCUAAGACAAACGCCGCUCUCCGACGACACGCCAUGGCCGUGGACGGGGGUCCGCCGAGGCUGGCGAUCUUCCUGUGGUGUCUGCUGGCGACCUCGGGCUCCGGCUUCGAGAUCGGCUCCUACGACCUGGAGCGCGGCAGACCGGCCAAGUGCGAGCCCAUCGUGAUCCCCAUGUGCCAGGGGAUCGGCUACAACCUGACCCGCAUGCCCAACUUCAUGGACCACGACGACCAGAGCGAGGCUGCCAUCAAGCUGAACGAGUUCGCGCCGCUGGUGGCGUACGGCUGCGACGUGCACCUCCGCUUCUUCCUCUGCUCCCUCUACGCCCCCAUGUGCACGGACAAAGUGUCGGCCUCCAUCCCCGCCUGCCGGCCCAUGUGCGAGCAGGCGCGGGAGCGGUGCGCCCCCAUCAUGAAGAAGUUCAGCUACACCUGGCCCGACUCGCUGGACUGCUCCAGGCUGCCCACCAGGAACGACCCCAACGCCCUGUGCAUGGAGGCCCCGGAGAACGAGACCCGCGGCGAGGUCAAGAAGGGCGAGGGUAUGCUCCCCGUGCCCCCGCGCCCCCGGCAGCCGGGCGGCGCCGCCGGCGGCGGGCGCUCGCCCGGCGCCGCCGGCCACUGCGAGAACCCGGACAAGUUCCAGUUCGUGGAGAAGAGCCAGUCGUGCGCGCCGCGCUGCUCUGCGGCCGUGGACGUCUUCUGGUCCCGGCAGGACAAGGACUUCGCCUUCAUCUGGAUGACGGUGUGGUCCAUCCUGUGCUUCGUCUCCACCGCCUUCACCGUGCUCACCUUCCUCCUGGAGCCGCACCGCUUCCAGUACCCGGAGCGGCCCAUCAUCUUCCUCUCCAUGUGCUACAACGUCUACUCGGUGGCCUUCAUCAUCCGCUCGGUGGCCGGGGCGGAGAACAUCGCCUGCGACCGCGAGCACGGCGAGCUGUACAUCAUCCAGGAGGGCCUGGAGUCCACCGGCUGCACCAUCGUCUUCCUCGUCCUCUACUACUUUGGCAUGGCCUCCUCCAUCUGGUGGGUCAUCCUCACCCUCACCUGGUUCCUGGCGGCGGGGAAGAAGUGGGGCCACGAGGCCAUCGAAGCCCACAGCAACUACUUCCACAUGGCUGCGUGGGGCAUCCCUGCGCUGAAGACCAUCAUCAUCCUCACCAUGAGGAAGGUGGCCGGGGACGAGCUGACGGGCCUGUGCUAUGUAGGAAGCAUGGACUCCGGGGCCCUCACCGGCUUCGUCCUCAUCCCCCUGUCCUGCUACCUGGUCAUCGGCACCUCCUUCAUCCUCACGGGCUUCGUGGCCCUCUUCCACAUCCGGAAGGUGAUGAAGACGGAGGGCACCAACACGGAGAAGCUGGAGAAGCUCAUGGUGAAGAUCGGCAUCUACUCCAUCCUCUACACGGUGCCGGCCACCUGCGUCAUAGUGUGCUACUUCUACGAGCGCCUCAACAUGGACUACUGGAAGCUGCGGGGGCUGCAGGCGAAGUGCGGCGCGCCGGGCGCCCACGGCGACGACUGCUCGCUGCGGGCGUCCGUGCCCACCGUGGCCGUGUUCAUGCUGAAGAUCUUCAUGUCGCUGGUGGUGGGCAUCACCAGCGGCGUGUGGGUGUGGAGCUCCAAGACGCUGCAGACCUGGCAGGGCCUGUGCAGCCGCAAGCUGGCGGACAGGACUAGCGGCAGGAAGCCCUGCGGCGGCGGCGGCGGCGGCGGCACGCACUGCCACUACAAGUCGCCCGCCGUGGUGCUGCACAUGGCCAAGGCCGAGCUGCACUCGGACAACCCCACGCACGUCUGAGGUGGGGCGGGUGGGGGGUGGGGGUGGGGGGUGGGGGGCCUGUUUGAGGAGCUGCUAAAAAGACUUGGCGCGAGGUCGGCUGUCGCUUCCUCCUCCGCUGCCGCCGAGGGACGCACAGGUACCAGCAGCGCUAUGAGAGGCUUUUCUAUACAGUAUUCAGUGCAUAAAGGGAAAUGUUCAGUAUUGUCGCCCAUACGUUCGCUCCUUAGUGUUUCGUGCAGUAGACAUGCCCUAAGCAAAAAAACUAAAUAAAAAAACAAGAAAAAAGACUGUUACAGGAGGCACCUUGGGAAAUAUUAGUCUAUUCGUCUCUCUGAAAAGUGGCGUGAUUCACUGUAUAAAUCUGUAUAAAUGUUUUAUUUAUUGUAAAUAUAUUUAAUUUAAAGCUCACCCUGGCACUUACCAGUUCUUUUUUUUUUUUGUUUAGUUGCAUUUAUUAAAGUUCAAGGGAAAUGAAGUGCCUUUUAUAAGACGUCUGGUUCUGGCCUUUUGGAGGAUAAUAAACUUGUGGAGUUCA